AUGAAGGUGGAGCAGGGAAGGGACUCCCCCGUGGGCUUCCAGUUCGAGUCCAUGCAGCAGCUGUGCAGCUCACUUGGGGGGACGAUGCCAAUCAAGCGCCUUCUCGUUGCCAACAACGGACUCGCUGCUGUGAAGGGGAUGGACUCGAUUCGCUCGUGGAUGUACGACCACAUGGGCGACUCUGAGGCGGUGCAGUUCGUGGUGAUGGCCACCCCAGAGGACCUGAAGGGGAAUGCCGAGUUCAUCUCGCUCGCAGACAAGCACAUCCUUGUUCCUGGCGGCAUGAACAGCAACAACUACGCAAGCGUGGACGUGAUUAUGCAGACGGCGCUGCAGAACAUGUGCGACGCCAUCUAUCCCGGCUGGGGCCACGCCUCCGAGAACCCGGCUCUGCCGCGCGAGUGCCUCAAGUCGAAGCGCGUUACCUUUCUCGGUCCGUCCGAGGACUCCAUGUUUGCGUUGGGAGACAAGAUCGCUUCAACCAUUGUGGCGCAGUCGAACGGUGUACCGACGGUGCCGUGGAGCGGUGACAGCCUCCGCAUCGCUCCAAACACCUUCGGUGUGGACCCCGUCACGUACGACAGGGCAUACGUGACGUCGCCGGAGGAAUGCGAGGAGGUGUGCCAGCGCAUCGGCUUCCCUGUAAUGAUCAAAGCGUCGGAGGGUGGUGGUGGCAAGGGCAUCCGCUGCUGCACGUGUGAGAAGGACGUCAAAAAUUUGUUCUUUGCCGUCUCGGAGGAAGUGAAAGGCUGCCACAUCUUUGUGAUGCGCAUGCUGGGGAACGUGCGCCACCUGGAGGUGCAGCUGCUGGCCGACUGUCACGGCAACUGCAUCGCCGUGGGCACGCGUGACUGCAGUGUGCAGCGGCGCCAUCAAAAGGUCAUCGAGGAAGGCCCCGUCUUCGGGGUCGAUCCGGCCGUCAUCAUGGCGAUGGAGAGCGCGGCGAUUCAGCUCGCUCGCGCGGUGAGGUACUGCGGUGUUGGCACGGUGGAAUACAUGUACGACAAGGAGACGCACGAAUUUUACUUUCUGGAGCUGAACCCGCGCAUCCAGGUCGAGCACCCCGUGUCGGAGAUGAUCUCCGGCGUGAAUCUGCCUGCCGCCCUGUUUUGCGUCGGCAUGGGCAUUCCGCUCGACCGCAUUCCGGAGGUGCGCGUGUUCUACGGUGAGGAGGCGUACGGCGUCACCCCCAUCGACUUCACGGCCCGCCACAGCCUUCCGCCAAAGUGUCACACGAUUGCCGUGCGCGUGACCGCCGAGGAUACGGAUGAGGGCUUCCGGCCGACCUCCGGAAAGGUGGAUGAGAUCGCCUUCAAGAACAGCAGAGAGUGCUGGGGCUACUUCUCCGUCGGCUCCAGCGGCGAGAUUCACCAGUUUUCCGACUCGCAGUUCGGGCACAUCUUCUCCUCCGGCGAGACCCGCGAGGAGGCGCGCCGCGGGAUGGUGCUGGCGCUCCGCCACCUUGUCGUCCGCGGCGAAAUUCGCACGUCGACACCGUACGUCAUGGAGCUGCUGGAGACGCCGGCCUUCCGCGACUGCGAUGUGAGCACGGCUUGGCUGGAUAAGUUGAUCGCAAAGAAGGCUGCUGAAGCGCCGGCGCACCCCCGCAGUAUCCACUCCGCGCUGAUCGCCGCUAGCAUCUACCGAAACAUGCGUUCCAUGCAGGAACACAAGAACAAGUACAUCAGCUUCCUCGCCGCCGGCCACGUGCCCUCCGUCGAGUACCUUUCCAACCUCCACACCGAGUCCUACGUGAGCUGCUCGGAGAAGUACACACUGAGCGCCGGAAUGGUGAGCCUCAACGAGUACGCCAUCUCGUUGAACGACAGCACCGUCAUUGUGCCCUACCGCAUCCUCAAGUCCGGUGCCCUGCAGCUGACCAUCGGCGACAAGACACUGGUCGCCUACGUUGCGGAAGAGCCGAGCAGCCUGCGCAUCACCAUCGGGGGCAAAGUGACGAACUUCUCCGGCGACGUUGACCCGACGAAGAUUAUGGCCAGCGUCCCCGGCCGCCUGGUGCGCUACGUCAUUGCGAAUGACGGCCACGUCAAUGAGGGCGACACGUUUGCCGAGGUGGAGGUAAUGAAGAUGAUUCUGCCGCUGCGGGCGAGAACGACUGGUACGUUGCACCACCACGCCGUGCCAGGUAGCACCAUCGCUAUGGGCUCGCUGCUGGGCAAGAUCACCCCCGAGGACCCGAGCAAGGUUGCGCGGCCAAGGGAGAUCAAAGACCCCUGGCCGACGGAGCUCCUUCUGGCCCGUCAGUACGAGCGGCCAGACGGCGUCACACGCGCGCGCCGCGCCGCAGAGUCGCUGUGGGUGCUCGUCAACGGCUUCCACUUCAAGGGGGUGUCUAUCGAGGAGCGGGUGCACAAAGCGUUUGCCGGCCUCGCCUCGCUGGGCCUCUCAUCCGUCACGCUCAAGGCGAUUCACCUGCCUUUCAUCCCAGCGUCGAUGUGUGAGGAAACGAAGGAGCACCCGCUGACACCGAGCGAUAAGUACCGCGUCAUUAUCGACACCAUCGUGGACCGGUAUGUGACUGUGGAGCAGGCCUUUGACGGACACAGCCGGCAGGAGGCGAUUGAGGGGCUGCGCAGCACCCUCAACGACAACGAGGCUGUCUUCGAGGUGGACUUUGCGCACAACCAGGAAUGCCACCACUACGUGAUGCGCAGCUUGCUGAAGUACCUCGAGAGCAACAUGCUGCUUCUCAAGUCGCUGAAGGGGACGCUGUCGAAGCUGGUCACCCUCAAGUCCUUCGCGUAUGGGUCAUUAUUGCUGCAGGCGCGCUAUCUCCUCCGUAUGUGCGCCCUGCCGUCCUUCACAGAGCGCAAGGCGCAGUUCGCGGAGGCGCUGGAGAGUGGUAGUCUGCUCAACCUCAUCGCCAGUAGCUUCGGCUACGACCUCCUCUGCUCCAUAAUGUUUGACAGGCAGAUGGAGCACCUCGUGCAGAUAUGCCUCGAACUGUUCAUUCGCCGUGAGUACUUUGGCGAGAGCGAAAUCAAGGACUUGGAUAUUUUCAAGGAGGGCUCUAACUGGUAUGCCAGCUACAGCUUUAACCCCAUCGAGGACGCGGAUGCGCUGUGCAUGGGCGACGAGCAGGCAGUGGAAUCGCCGAGAGCCAGCGGUGGGCGGGGCAUCUGCGCCAUGUUGCCCGAUGAGAAGUUGUUUAAGUCGACGCUGGCCUCGUCGUUUUGCGAUGUGCUGUUGAACUACAGCGAUGACAUCGUCAUUGCAACCGUUUUCUUCUCCGUGUCGCGGGAGUCGACGCAGCCAGACGUGGCGUGUAUGUGCCGCCUUUUGCUGGAGGAGAACGCGAUCGCCUUACAGAGAUUCAAAAACCUCGAGACGAUCUACUUUGUGACGCACGGGAUGCCGGACGGGCCGCACUUCUUCACGUUCCGGGCGAAGACGAGCUUUCAGGAGGACACGCUACUGCGUAACGUGCUGCCACAGUCGGCGCGUCGGCUGGAGCUCGACCGGCUGUCCAACUACGAGGUGAGCAUGCACCCGACGCCCUACAAGGAUGUACACGUCUUCAUGGCGAUCCCUAAGAAGGUUGGAGCAUCCGCGCUGGAGAACCGCAUGUUCGCGCGCGUGGCGCUAGCGCCGCACGACAUGGGCAUGUCUCCCUGGACAGAGGCGACCGAUGUGGAUGUGGGCCAUAUGCUGGCAAAGUGCCUAGCAGCGCUUCAGGUAGCCCGUGACGACUCGACAGUGAAGUUUCCGGAUAGCAAUCAUGUGUUCGUGAAGCUGAUUGAGCUGACCUUCGACGUCCGCUCGCUUAAGUCCCUACUGGCGGCAGUGGCCAGCUCCUACCAGGGGAAGCUGAUAGAGCUGGGCGUGCGGGAUGUCGAGUUAAGUUUCCAUGUGAAGGUGCCAUCGGGUCUCAUUCCGAUGCGUGUCAUCGCCAACAGCCCGUCUGGCUACGGCGUGUCGAUGCGCGUCUUCUAUGAGUCACUGGUGAACGGCCAGGUACAACUGCACCGCGCCGAGGCGUCUGAGGAUGUCGACUACUCAUCUAUGAGCUGCCACUCCGAGCUCCUGGUGGUGGUGAACCCCAGAAGCCCCACAUCGGCUUUGUUUCGCGAGUCCUCGCAGCUAAUGCGCGCCGUGUCGAAGCUGGAAGACCUGCGCGAGAUGCUGCCUUCUGAGAAGGAGCUCCAGAGUGCUGUCAGCAUGUUGUCAGAGCCAGAGGAGGCGUGCGACCGCGUCGUCACUCUCGGGCCGUACCCGCAAUUGAGCACGCGUGAGGUGAAGCGCCUCCAGGCACGCCGCGCGGAUACGACGUACGUGCAUGACUGGCCCGCCGUGCUGAAUCUGAUCGUACGCAGGGAUUGGAUGAAGCUGCGCCGCGCGCGUGAUCUGCCGUGCACCUCUAUCCCGAAGGACCCAUUGCGCGCGACAGAGCUCUUCCUCAGCGAGGACGGUGAGUCGCUGUCGACGAACAAUUCAUGCGCGUUGCCAUGCGGCAUGGUGGUGUGGAUGAUCGAGUACGCACCGCCGCACUACUUCAAAAUGAAGUCGGAGGUGGCACAGACGCGCCGUAUCGUGGUCGUCGCUAAUGAUAUCACCUUUCAGUCGGGGUCCUUUGCUGUUCCGGAGGACCGCGUCUUCAAGGCUGCCUCGGUGCUCGCCCGUGCCCAGGGCGUGCCGUUUGUGUACAUCAGCGCCAACAGCGGCGCACGCCUCGGCAUCAGCACCGAGGUGAAGAAGAGGUUUCUCGUCGAGUUCACGGACAAGAACGACAUCGCCUACCUGUACCUCACCACGAGCGACUACGAGGAGCUGAGGGCAAAGGGGAUUCGGAUAGAAGUAGAGCCGCUUGAGGUGAACGGUGAGACCCGGCACAUACUCAAGGGCGUGGUGGGCGGUCCGACGGAGUACCUCGGGGUGGAAAACCUGAGCGGGUCAGGCCUCGCGGCGGGUGAGAUGUCAAAGAACUACAACGAGGUCCCAACAAUCAGCCUUGUCUCGGGCCGAAGCGUCGGCAUCGGUGCCUACCUCAACCGGCUUGGUCGCCGCAUCAUUCAGACGAACGACUCGCCUCUAAUCCUCACCGGCGCCAGUGCCCUCAACCGACUACUCGGCAAGGACGUGUACAUGGGAAACAGCCAGCUCGGCGGCAAGCAAAUUAUGGUCCCGAAUGGCGUGACGCACUGGUGCACACGCCACGACUACAGCUCCGCCCGCGUGUUGCUGCAGUGGCUGGACUACGUGCCAGCAACUCUGCACCCUCUGCGCUGCACCCCGCGCCGCUUGCUCUGGAACGCUGCCGAUCCGAUCGAUCGCGACGUGACUUUCUCCCCGACGCCGAACACACAGUACGACCCGCGCUUCCUCGUGACGGGACAGCUCGGUCAGACGGGCCUGUUCGACCGCGGCUCGUGGAUGGAGACGCUGGAAGGGUGGGCACGCACGGUAGUGGUGGGUCGUGCCACGCUUGGCGGCAUUCCGUGCGGUGUUAUCCUUGUUGAGACGCGCCUGACGAAGAAGUUUUCCCCGGCCGAUCCGGCUGAUCCGACUUCGACGUCUUCCUUUAUCACUCAGGCGGGGCAGGUGUGGUUUCCAGACUCGGCGCGCAAGACAGCCGACGCUCUCGACGACUUCCACCACGAGCGGCUACCGUGCUUCAUCCUGGCGAACUGGCGCGGCUUCUCCGGUGGGAUGCGCGACAUGUUUGAUGAGGUGCUGAAGUUUGGCGCCGCCAUCGUUGACAACCUUCGCGUUUACACCGCGCCGGUUUUCAUCUACAUCCCGCCAGGGGGCGAGCUGCGCGGUGGAGCCUGGGUGGUUGUGGACCCCACCGUCAACCACAAUGGCGUUGUCGAGAUGUACUGUGACCCCUCCUCGCGCGGUGGCAUCCUCGAGCCGUCCGGCGUGGUGGAGAUCAAAUUCCGCGACAACGACGUGCUGGCGCUGAUUCGGCGAAGUAGGCCGGAUCUCGCGACGAUGGAGCCGAAGCUGGCCUGUAAAAUCGAAAAAGGCCUGCUGCAGCAGUACCGCGACGUCGCGGUGCGGUUCGCCGAUUUGCAUGACACAAGCGUGCGGAUGAAGGCGACCGGAGUGAUGCGCGACACCGUGCCGUGGAAGGAUAGUCGUCGCCACUUCUACCACAAGCUGCAGCGCAAGCUGAAGGAGCUGGAGGUGGCGAAUGACAUGCUCGAACGCGACAUCGUCGACUCCCUCGCGGAGGGCGUGCGAAAGGUCGAGAAUCGCUACACGGAGGAGCACCCGAACGGGCCAGCAUGGGGAACGGCCGAUCAGCAGCAACUGAAGUGGCUGCAGGGGCUCGAUGGCACGUGGGUCGGGGAGAGCAACGGCCACACAACUCUAAGCAGCAGGGGCUGGGUGAAGGAGGUGGAGCGCUUGCUCACUCAGCACGGUGGUGAGGCGAGCUCGAUGGAAAGUGCGCUGGCGGAGCUUUUUGAGAACCCGGUCAUUGCUAAGGCCGCGAAGGAGGUCUUGAACUCCACCUCAGUCUUUCCGUCUAGCACAACUGCAUAG